AUGCCUCCCUCCAAGCGCAACCGCGUGAUCCCGACGUCGAAGACACGCAAGAACCACAAAGAUCUCGUACGUCGGCUUGUGUCCAACGUGCACGAAGCGGCGGAGAAAUACUCGUACAUCUGGGUGUUUGAUGUGCAGAACAUGCGCAACAACUUCCUCAAGCGGGUCAGACAGGAAUUCGACGACUCACGGAUCAUGAUGGGCAAGACCAAGGUUCUCCUGGUUGGCCUGGGACAGACACAAGAGACCGAGUGCGUGCCUGGCGUCAGUGCUCUGCGACCCUACGUCAAAGGCGAGGUCGGGCUGCUCUUCACGGACCGGGAGCCCAAAGAGGUCGAAGAGUACUUUGAGGAUUUCCUCGCAGAGGAUUAUGCUCGCAGUGGCUCGGUGGCAACGAGGGAGAUCAGAAUCCCACCCGGACCCAUCUAUACGAGGUACGGGGUCGAAGGCGGUGAAGACGAUCCUCUGCCCGUUCAGAUCGAGCCUACCUUGCGCAAAUUGGGCAUUCCAACCCGCCUGCACAAGGGCACCAUCGUCCUGGAGGAGCAGCCGGACGGAUCAAUGGAAGAAGAGGAAGGUUACCUUGUCUGCAGAGAGGGAGACACACUAGAUUCCAGACAGACUUCCAUUCUCAAAAUCCUUGGAGUACGUAUGUCGGAAUUCCGAAUUGAAUUGAAGGCUGUGUAUAGCAAGGAGGCGGAGACUGUUCGGGAAGUUGGUGGGAUGGAUGUUGACACUGCAGUUUGA